UUUCCCAGGAAGCCAUUCCGCACCAGCGGCAAUGGCAGGCGGACCUUUUGUGGUGCCCGACGAAGAGCCCGGGUCACCCAAGGUUUCGUGCUUCGGGGAGGUCCUGGUCGAGGGGGACGGGAUUCGGAGGCGGUCCCGCCGAUCGUCCAGGGAGGAGGGCGGGGCGGAGCAUGCAGGGUGCUGGCCGAGCUUACCAGCGGCGUUAUGCUGCGGAAGCCGCGUCGGAGACGGGCCGUCCGUGACUGCCGCUACGGAGACGCAGCCGGCGGAAGUGCCGGGGACGCGGAGGGUGGCGGCGGAGCCGGCGAAGGAGCCGCCAAAACUGGGGGAGAUGUCGCGGUUGGCGUCGGGCCGCCGGCCGACGACGUGGCUUGGAGACCUGGACUCGAAUCAUGUGGUAUUGAUUGUACUCGAAUAAAAUGAUAUAACGAAGCUUCCCAAGUUCUCAUGAUAACACGGACAACACA